AUGCCUCCUUUUUCACGACCUCUGGCCUUGGCCCUGCUGUCGUCUUUAGGCUCUGGGUUUAGGCCUGAAUGCAGGUACCGCUGCUUCUGCUGGAAGGUAGGCUACGUCCAAGAAGGUGAACAGGAGAGGGAGCAAGUAUUAUCCAGGAUACACCCAGUUCUGGUGGAUAUUCAGGAUGUCAACCAUCUGGUAUGGGUCCUUCAAGGCCAGACCCUCACAGCUGUCCCCAGGAAGGACCAGAUGGAUCCAGUCACUGUUACCUUAAUCUCAUGCAAGUACACAGAGACUCUUGAGAAGGGCAGGGGGAAUCCUGUUUACUUGGGACUGAAGGAGCCAGAGCUUUGCCUAUUCUGCACGAAGGUCAAGGGGCAGCCUGUGCUGCAGCUUCAGGAACAGAACAUAAUGGAUCUGUACCACCAAACUGAGCCUGUGAAGCCUUUUCUCUUCUACCAUGACCAGAAAGGCAGGGCCUCCAGCUUUGAGUCUGUGGCCUUCCCUGGCUGGUUCAUUGGCUCCUGCUCCAAUGGAAGUUGUCCUGUGAUUAUCACCCAAGAACUGGGGAAAAUCUACACUACUGACUUUGGGUUCACAGUACUCCAGGCUUAA